AAGAAGAAGACCAAGGACGAUCUGAGCUCGCCCGUCUCGUCGCCCACCAAGGCCACCUUUGCUUCGCCCACGUCGCCGACCAAGCUCAGCCAUACCACCUCCAAGGAGCCGACCCCCGCUUUGUCCAGGGCGACGACCGCUGCUUCAGCUGCUGCAUCGCAAGCCCCUGCGCAAUCUCAGUCCCAGUCCCAAUCCACCUCCACAUCCACCUCCCAGCCCCAGUCGUCCGCCCAGUCGUCGCUUCCUGAAAUCAACGUCGAGCAACCAAAGUCAGCCGAGCCCAUGCAGCACCAGCAAUCCUUCCCAAUCCAGCAACAGCAGGCCCAACCACAAAGCCAGCAGUCCUACCAGCAGCAGUCGCAACCCUACCAGCAGUCGCAACAGCCCGCCCAGCAACAGCCGCAGCAGAAUGCUGCCAGCAUCCACAAUCUCAUCAACCAACCAACCGCACAGCCCAAAAACGCCCACGACUCUGCAUACAUGGCCAAUGGUGCCAUGGAGAAGCCCAAGCAACUCUCCAACCCCGUGCGCGAGACAAAGGGCAAGUACACGCUGCAGGACUUUACCAUCAACCGCACCUUGGGUACCGGCAGUUUCGGACGUGUCCAUCUGGUCCAGUCCAAGCACAACCAGCGCUUCUAUGCCGUCAAGGUCCUCAAAAAGCAACAGGUUGUCAAGAUGAAGCAGGUCGAGCACACCAACGAUGAGCGCCGCAUGCUGCAAAAGGUCAAGCAUCCCUUCCUGAUCACUCUCUGGGGCACCUUCCAGGACUCCAAGAAUCUGUACAUGGUCAUGGACUUUAUCGAGGGCGGUGAGCUCUUUAGCUUGCUGCGCAAGUCUCAGAGAUUCCCCAACCCCGUCGCCAAGUUCUACGCUGCCGAGGUCACGCUUGCCCUCGACUACCUGCACUCGAUGGACAUCAUCUACCGCGAUCUGAAGCCUGAGAACUUGCUCCUCGACAGACACGGCCAUCUCAAGAUUACCGAUUUCGGCUUCGCCAAAGAAGUUCCCGACAUCACUUGGACUUUGUGCGGUACUCCAGAUUAUCUCGCUCCCGAGGUUGUCUCGUCCAAGGGUUACAACAAGUCGGUUGAUUGGUGGUCGCUCGGUAUUCUCAUCUUCGAAAUGCUUUGCGGUUUCACGCCUUUCUGGGACUCUGGCAGUCCUCUGAAGAUUUACGAAAACAUUCUUCGCGGAAGAGUCAAGUACCCUCCCUACGUCCACCCCGAUGCUCAAGAUCUUUUGAGCAAACUCAUCACUCACGACCUGACCAAGCGUCUCGGCAACUUGCACGGUGGCAGCAAGGAUGUCAUGCAGCACCCUUGGUUCGCCGAGGUCACCUGGGAGAGACUGGCAAAGAAGGAUAUAGAUGCUCCUUACGUGCCUCCAGUCAAGGGCGGUCAGGGUGAUGCCAGUCUUUUCGACAAGUACCCAGAAGAGACUGAAGCAUAUGGAAGCAUGGGUGACGACCCGUAA